CCGGAUCCGCCUCCUUCUCCUUCCUCCCGGAGGUUGAGACGAAGCGUGGGACGCACCUGUGUCCCUCUCCGGUCACCCUGUUGAGGCACUGGGGGCUGCUCCGGGAGCAGGAUUUACAGGCCCUGAGAACGCCAAUGGGAGAUCCAAAUGGUCGGGGACUCCGGCACUUUAAGAGGCUUUUCUCUGGGAAACACCCGUCCCCUCCGAGCGCCUUAUGAAUGGAAAUACUCCUCCCCCGGUCGAGCCCAUUUUCCCAUUUCACCAGGAGCCGCAGCUCGUUCUCUCCUUUCGGUCUCCCCGCCCACAUCAACGCGGGCAGCUCCAGGAGGGGACGGACAGGAAGCCUUUGGCCGCCUAUUAAAUCCCACCCAUUUCUCCGGGGGCGAUUUCCUAACCUUCCGGGACCGAAUUCUGCAAUUUGAUUUGCUUCCAAGAUCCGGUACUUACAGGAAUAUCAUAACCGGGUUCUUCACAACAUUUAUCCUGUACCAUCAGGAACUGAUAUUGCAAACACCUUGAAAUACUUUUCUCAGACCUUAUUAAGCAUUUUGUCCCGCACAGGGAAGAAGGAAAAUCAAGAUGCCUCCAAUUUGACAGUGCCCAUGACCAUGUGUCUUUUUCCUGUGCCAUUCCCACUCACCCCAUCUCUAAGACCGCAGGUCAGUUCCAUCAACCCUACUGUUACUCGCUCCCUCCUUUACAGCGUCCUGCGAGAUGCUCCUUCAGAACGUGGCCCGCAAAAUCGUGAUGCUCAGUUGUCAGACUACCCUUCUUUGGACUACCAAGGCCUCUACGUGACUUUGGUGACUCUCCUGGAUCUAGUUCCUUUACUACAGCAUGGCCAACAUGAUCUUGGACAGUCAAUAUUUUAUACAACUACUUGUUUGCUACCCUUUCUCAAUGAUGAUAUUCUGAGUACUUUGCCCUACACGAUGAUAUCAACGUUAGCUACCUUUCCUCCAUUUCUGCACAAGGAUAUUAUUGAAUAUCUUAGCACAUCUUUCCUACCAAUGGCUAUAUUGGGUUCCUCCAGGAAAGAAGGCGUUCCUGCCCAUGUGAAUCUGUCUGCAUCCUCCAUGUUAAUGAUUGCAAUGCAGUACACAUCUAAUCCAGUGUAUCAUUGUCAGUUACUGGAAUGCCUCAUGAAAUAUAAACAAGAAGUUUGGAAAGAUCUUUUGUAUGUGAUUGCCUAUGGGCCUUCACAAGUGAAACCUCCAGCUGUGCAAAUGCUUUUCCACUACUGGCCCAAUUUAAAACCUCCUGGGGCAAUAAGCGAGUACAGGGGGUUGCAGUACACAGCUUGGAAUCCCAUCCACUGCCAACACAUUGAAUGCCACAAUGCAAUUAACAAACCAGCUGUGAAGAUGUGUAUAGACCCUUCCUUGUCAGUAGCUUUGGGCGACAAACCACCCCCACUGUAUCUCUGUGAAGAAUGCAGUGAGAGGAUUGCAGGGGACCACAGUGAGUGGUUGAUUGAUGUUCUUUUGCCACAAGCUGAAAUAUCUGCUAUAUGUCAAAAAAAGAACUGCAGUUCCCAUGUCAGAAGAGCAGUCGUCACCUGCUUUUCCGCAGGGUGCUGCGGUCGUCACGGAAACAGGCCAGUUAGGUACUGCAAAAGAUGUCACUCGAAUCAUCACAGUAGUGAGGUGGGGGCCGCUGCGGAGACCCACCUCUAUCAGACCUCCCCACCCCCCAUCAACACUCGGGAGUGCGGCGCCGAGGAGCUAGUCUGCGCCGUGGAGGCCGUGAUUAGCUUGUUGAAAGAAGCUGAGUUCCAUGCUGAGCAACGGGAACAUGAGCUUAAUCGUCGGCGACAGCUGGGUCUCUCCUCUUCGCACCAUUCCCUGGACAACACUGAUUUUGAUAACAAAGAUGAUGAUAAACAUGACCAGAGGCUGCUCAGUCAAUUUGGAAUAUGGUUUUUGGUGAGCCUCUGUACGCCCAGUGAGAACACACCUACAGAAAGCUUGGCAAGGCUGGUGGCUAUGGUAUUUCAGUGGUUUCACUCCACAGCAUAUAUGAUGGAUGAUGAAGUUGGAAGCUUGGUGGAAAAACUGAAGCCUCAGUUUGUCACCAAGUGGUUAAAGACGGUAUGCGAUGUUCGCUUUGAUGUCAUGGUCAUGUGCCUUCUUCCCAAACCCAUGGAAUUUGCCAGGGUUGGUGGAUACUGGGAUAAGUCCUGUAGCACAGUGACUCAAUUGAAGGAAGGUCUCAACAGAAUCCUUUGCCUAAUCCCCUACAACGUGAUCAACCAGUCAGUGUGGGAGUGUAUUAUGCCAGAAUGGCUGGAAGCCAUCAGAACAGAAGUCCCAGAUAACCAGUUAAAAGAAUUCAGGGAAGUAUUAAGCAAAAUGUUUGAUAUUGAACUUUGUCCUCUACCUUUUUCGAUGGAAGAGAUGUUCGGCUUUAUUAGUUGUCGGUUUACGGGAUACCCCUCCUCUGUACAAGAGCAAGCUUUACUGUGGCUUCAUGUAUUAUCGGAAUUAGAUAUCACGGUUCCACUUCAGCUCUUAAUAAGUAUGUUUUCUGAUGGAGUUAAUUCUGUCAAAGAAUUGGCAAAUCAAAGAAAAUCAAGAGUCAGUGAACUGUCAGGGAACCUUGCAGCCCGAAGGGUGAGUGUUGCCUCUGAUCCUGGUCGACGAGGUCAGCAUAAUAUGCUGAGUCCAUUUCAUAGCCCUUUCCAGAGUCCAUUUCGGAGUCCUAUGCGUAGUCCAUUUCGUAGCCCUUUCAAGAAUUUUGGUCAUCCAGGAGGAAGGACUAUUGACUUUGAUUGUGAAGAUGAUGAAAUGAAUCUAAAUUGUUUCAUCCUCAUGUUUGAUCUUCUCCUGAAGCAGAUGGAGUUGCAAGAUGAUGGAAUCACGAUGGGUUUAGAGCACAACUUGUCAAAGGACAUUAUUUCUAUUAUAAACAAUGUCUUCCAGGCCCCCUGGGGGGGCUCCCACACCUGCCAAAAGGAGGAAAAAGCAAUGGAGUGUAACUUAUGUCAGUCUAGUAUCCUCUGCUAUCAGCUUGCUUGUGAACUCCUGGAGCGAUUAGCUCCCAAAGAAGAAAGCCGGCUAGUGGAGCCCACAGACAGCCUUGAGGAUAGCCUCCUUUCUUCUAGACCAGAGUUCACUGUAGGACCUGAAGGAGAGGAGGAGGAAAACCCGGCAGUCAAGCACGGGGAGAACCCAGGCAAUCGCACCGUGCCCACAGAACAUGCUGCAAUAAAGAAUGAUACUGAAAGAAAAUUCUGCUACCAACAGCUUCCAGUAACGUUGAGAUUAAUAUAUACCAUUUUCCAGGAAAUGGCUAAGUUUGAAGAGCCAGACAUUCUUUUUAAUAUGCUCAAUUGCUUGAAGAUUCUCUGUCUGCACGGAGAAUGUUUAUACAUUGCUAGAAAAGAUCACCCUCAAUUUUUAGCCUACAUUCAGGACCACAUGUUGAUUGCAAGCCUGUGGAGAGUUGUCAAAUCUGAGUUCUCCCAGCUGUCUUCAUUAGCGGUCCCUCUCCUUCUCCAUGCUCUGUCACUUCCUCAUGGUGCUGACAUCUUCUGGACAAUCAUAAAUGGCAAUUUCAACAGCAAAGACUGGAAGAUGAGGUUUGAAGCAGUGGAAAAAGUGGCUGUAAUUUGCAGAUUUCUGGAUAUUCACUCAGUGACCAAAAACCACCUCCUGAAGUACUCCCUGGCACAUGCCUUCUGCUGCUUUCUGACGGCUGUGGAGGACGUCAACCCAGCAGUGGCUACCAGGGCAGGCCUUCUGCUUGACACUAUAAAGAGACCAGCGUUGCAGGGUCUGUGUCUUUGUCUUGACUUUCAGUUUGAUACCGUGGUUAAAGACAGACCCACAAUAUUGAGCAAGCUUUUACUCUUGCAUUUUCUUAAACAAGAUAUUCCUGCUUUGAGCUGGGAGUUCUUUGUCAAUAGAUUUGAGACUCUUUCUCUGGAAGCACAGCUACAUUUGGACUGCAACAAAGAAUUUCCUUUUCCUACAACUAUCACUGCUGUGAGGACCAAUGUUGCUAACCUCAGUGAUGCUGCACUGUGGAAGAUCAAGAGGGCUCGCUUUGCAAGGAACCGCCAGAAGAGCGUGCGGUCUCUGAGGGACAGUGUGAAAGGGCCUGCAGAAUCCAAGAGGGCACUCUCCCUCCCUGAAACCCUGACCUCCAAAAUUCCUAUGAGGUUGACCAGGCAAGAGCAGUCUGCUCCAGCUCUCGGUGGGACACCUGAACAGACGCCAGGUCAACAAUCUCCUGAGAAUGACAAUACCAUCAAGGACCUGCUCCCAGAAGAUGCAGGGAUUGACCACCAGACAGUUCACCAGCUGAUCACAGUGCUAAUGAAGUUCAUGGCCAAGGAUGAGAGCAGCGCGGAGUCAGACAUCAGCAGCGCAAAGGCCUUCAACACCGUCAAGCGACACCUGUAUGUCUUACUUGGUUAUGACCAACAGGAAGGCUGCUUCAUGAUUGCACCUCAGAAAAUGCGCCUGUCAACUUGUUUUAAUGCAUUUAUUGCUGGAAUUGCCCAAGUUAUGGACUAUAACAUUAACUUGGGAAAACAUCUUCUUCCCUUGGUAGUUCAGGUGCUCAAAUACUGCUCUUGUCCUCAACUACGGCAUUAUUUCCAACAGCCGCCUCGUUGUUCCCUCUGGUCCCUAAAACCUCACAUCCGGCAGAUGUGGUUGAAGGCCUUACUUGUCAUCCUUUACAAGUAUCCAUACAGAGACUGUGAUAUCAGCAAAAUCCUGCUGCACCUGAUUCACAUAACAGUCAAUACGCUCAAUGCACAGUACCAUAGCUGCAAGCCCCAUGCAACGACAGGACCUCUGUACAGUGACAACAGUAAUAUAAGCAGAUACAGCGAAAAAGAGAAAGAAGAAGAUAGUGUUUUUGAUGAAUCUGAUAUUCAUGAUACACCUACUGGACCCUGCAAUAAAGAGUCUCAAACUUUUUUUGCAAGAUUGAAAAGGAUAGGCGGCAGCAAAAUGGUGAAAUAUCAGCCGGUUGAGAUGAAUGUUCAGAGAAGUGAAAUAGAACUGGCUGAAUAUAGAGAAACGGGUGCUUUACAAGACAGCAUUCUCCACUGUGUGAGAGAAGAAAGUGUUCAGAAAAAAAAGCUGCGCUCUUUAAAACAAAAAUCUCUUGAUAUAGGGAAUGCAGACUCCCUCUUGUUUACAUUAGAUGAGCAUCGUAGAAAGUCUUGCAUAGAUCGGUGUGACAUAGAUAAGCCUCCUGCCCAAGCUGCUUACAUCAUACAAAGACAAAAUGACCAUGGACGUUCUAGACAGAACUCUGCUACAAGGCCUGACACCAUUGAAAUACCUGAGAACCCAGCUAUGGAGAGUUUUCAAGAAACCCGAAGGCCUGUAAUACCAGAAGUUAGGUUAAACUGCAUGGAGACAUUUGAGGUGAAAGUUGACUCUCCAGCGAAGGCUGCUCCUAAAGAAGAUUUAGAUCUGAUAGAUUUGUCUUCUGAUUCAACAUCGGGGCCUGAAAAACACUCCAUACUCUCAACUUCAGACAGCGACUCUCUUAUAUUUGAACCUCUUCCACCUCUCAGAAUCGUGGAGAGUGAUGAAGAGGAAAUGAUGAACCAGGGAAAUGAUGGCGCUUCCGGUAACAAUGCUGCCUCCUCCCCCUCUACCCUGAGCCAUCCCUCCGUCCUCAGCCUAAGCACUACUCCUCUUGUGCAAGUAAGUAUAGAGGACUGUUCCAAAGAUUUCUCCUCUAAGGACUCAGGAAAUAAUCAGUCAGUAGAUAACAAAGACUCUGCACUCAUAUUCCUGGAAGAUCCUACGGACUCGGAAGGUUUUUCAAAGCCAGAGGAACUGCGAGAGUUCUCUGGCAGCCCACUAACACUUAAGCAAAAGCGAGAUCUCCUCCAGAAGUCAUUUGCUCUCCCUGAGAUGUCAGUGGAUGAUAAUCAUUACCCUGGCACUGAGGAAGAGAAACCUGGGCAGAUGCCAACCUCAGGGGUAAAAACUGUACUUCUCAAAGUUCCUGAAGAUGCUGAGAAUCCAACAGAAAGUGAGAAGCCUGAUACCAGUGCCGAAUCUGAUACAGAACAGAAUCCUGAAAGGAAGGUGGAGGAUGGAGCUGAGGAAUCAGAAUUUAAGAUUCAGAUUGUUCCCAGGCAGAGGAAACAAAGAAAGAUUGCAGUCAGUGCUAUCCAGAGAGAGUACCUUGACAUCUCCUUCAACAUUCUAGACAAAUUGGGAGAACAGAAAGAUCCAGAUCCCUCUACUAAAGGACUUUCAACUUUGGAAAUGCCACGAGAAUCUUCAUCUGCCCCUACAUUAGAAGCAGGUGUGCCAGAAACAAGUAGUCAUUCCUCAAUAUCAACUCAGUAUAGGCAGAUGAAAAGGGGAUCCCUGGGAGUUCUGACAAUGAGCCAGUUAAUGAAGCGGCAGCUGGAACAUCAGUCUAGCGCCCCCCAUAACAUCAGCAACUGGGACACUGAACAGAUACAGCCUGGGAAACGCCAAUGUAAUGUGCCAGUGUGCCUAAAUCCUGACCUGGAGGGACAGCCACUGAGAGUGAGAGGUGCCACUAAAUCCAGCCUGCUGUCAGCUCCCAGCAUAGUGAGUAUGUUUGUGCCUGCACCCGAAGAAUUUACUGAUGAACAGCCAACAGUGAUGACGGACAAAUGCCAUGACUGUGGAGCUAUUCUUGAAGAAUAUGAUGAAGAAACGCUUGGACUGGCCAUUGUGGUACUUUCCACAUUCAUUCAUUUGAGCCCUGACUUAGCAGCUCCACUGUUGCUGGAUAUAAUGCAGUCUGUGGGAAGAUUGGCAUCCAGCACUACCUUUUCUAAUCAAGCAGAAAGCAUGAUGGUCCCUGGCAAUGCAGCAGGGGUGGCCAAGCAGUUCCUGCGCUGCAUCUUCCAUCAACUGGCCCCCAACGGCAUCUUCCCGCAGUUGUUCCAGAGCACCAUCAAAGAUGGAACUUUUUUACGGACUUUGGCCACAUCCCUCAUGGACUUCAAUGAAUUGAGCUCUAUCGCUGCUCUCAGUCAGCUCUUGGAGGGUCUAAAUAACAAAAAGAAUUUACCAGCAGGGGGUGCUAUGAUACGCUGUUUGGAAAACAUUGCUACUUUCAUGGAAGCUUUACCCAUGGAUUCUCCUAGUAGCCUCUGGACCACAAUCAGCAACCAGUUUCAGACAUUUUUUGCCAAGCUGCCUUGUGUUUUACCUCUAAAGUGUUCUUUAGAUUCCAGUUUGAGAAUUAUGAUUUGCCUCCUGAAGAUACCCUCUACUAAUGCCACAAGGAGUUUGUUGGAACCAUUCUCGAAACUGCUCAGCUUUGUAAUUCAGAAUGCUGUCUUCACUCUGGCCUACCUGGUGGAGCUGUGUGGCUUGUGUUACCGAGCUUUCACUAAGGAACGGGAUAAAUUCUACUUAUCUCGUAGUGUUGUUCUAGAACUGCUGCAGGCUCUAAAGCUCAAAUCUCCUUUACCAGAUACAAACCUCCUUCUGCUUGUCCAGUUUAUUUGUGCAGAUGCUGGAACCAAAUUAGCUGAGUCAACAAUCCUGAGCAAGCAGAUGAUAGCCUCUGUACCUGGAUGUGGGACUGCGGCAAUGGAGUGCAUGCGGCAGUACAUCAGUGAGGUGCUGGAUUUCAUGGCAGACAUGCACACACUAACCAAACUGAAGAGUCACAUGAAGACAUGCUCCCAGCCUCUACAUGAAGAUACCUUUGGUGGACAUCUCAAAGUUGGUCUGGCUCAAAUUGCAGCUAUGGAAAUCUCCCGGGGCAACCAUCGAGAUAAUAAAGCUGUGAUUCGCUACCUGCCUUGGCUCUAUCAUCCUCCUUCUGCAAUGCAGCAAGGACCUAAAGAAUUCAUUGAGUGUGUCUCCCAUAUCCGACUGCUGUCCUGGCUGCUUCUGGGUUCCCUUACUCAUAAUGCAGUCUGUCCAAAUGCCUCCUCUCCCUGCCUCCCCAUACCUCUGGAUGCAGGUUCCCACAUUGCAGACCAUCUUAUUGUUAUCCUGAUUGGAUUUCCGGAGCAAUCAAAGACCUCUGUGCUCCACAUGUGCUCCCUCUUCCACGCUUUCAUCUUUGCUCAGCUCUGGACAGUGUAUUGUGAACAAAGUGCUGUGGCUACAAAUGUCCAAAAUCAGAAUGAAUUCAGCUUCACAGCCAUACUGACAGCACUAGAAUUUUGGAGUAGGGUGACGCCAAGCAUCCUUCAGCUAAUGGCUCAUAACAAAGUGAUGGUAGAAAUGGUGUGUCUCCAUGUGAUUAGUUUAAUGGAGGCAUUGCAAGAAUGCAAUUCAACCAUUUUUGUCAAGCUGAUACCUAUGUGGUUGCCAAUGAUUCAGUCAAAUAUCAAGCACUUAUCGGCAGGCCUCCAGCUUCGCCUCCAGGCCAUUCAGAACAACGUGAACCACCACAGCCUAAGGACGCUGCCCGGCUCGGGCCAGAGCAGUGCUGGCCUGGCAGCCCUUCGCAAGUGGCUGCAGUGCACCCAGUUCAAAAUGGCCCAGGUGGAGAUCCAGUCCUCAGAAGCAGCCUCGCAAUUUUAUCCUCUAUGAGUGGACUCCUCGGCUCUCAGUGUCAACACUCUGGUUUAGCAAUAAUGGGUUUAAAAACAAAACAAUUUGAUCCAAGCAAGUUGGGGAACAUAUUGGUACUGUACAUUCUCUUUCUAGUUUAGUAAAAGAUGUGCAAAGGCCGGAGAGGGCCACAAAUGAAGCUUUCUUGCUACACAUAUUUCUGAUGACUCCUUGGGCUAUCUGAUUAAGUGUUUCCUUACAUUAUUUUUUAAAAACCAAAUCAUUUUUCUUUAACUAACUUCUAUUUUUUUUAAGAAAAAAAAAAUAGACUGGUGGGUACUCACAGAAAAGUUGUAUAAGUCCCCCUGUUGCUAUUUUUGAUGAUAGAGAAUAAAUAGGGUUUUUGAAACCUUUGUAGUGUUUUUUCUUAAAAUUCACUCUUGGCAAUGCAAUAAAAAAACCUGUCACAUAAGCCAGUGACACCUGACUGAAGCUUUUUGUCAUUCUCCUGCGAAAAGUGGCAGCUUGCAAGGAACAUUACAAAGUGCACUUAGAAAUUAGGUGGUUAAACUGUGCCAACUGUUUUGUUUUAUAUCAUUUUCCAAAACUGUCCAGUGAGUUUUAUUACUUUCAGACUAGUUUUUCAACUUAUUAGUUCCAGGCUGUACUUUGUUUUAAGCUUUAUGAUAACCCCUUUAGUUUUGUGAAUAAUAAAUUUUCAUCUUUUGUUAAUACUUGUACACAAUUCAGUUUACAACUGUAGACUGCAUACUGGACCAGAAGAGUCCCUGCACUGGCACAGAACUGCACAUGGAGUUGUGUUUCAUAAAGUGGAAUUUUACUAGUGUCAGAGCACCAAGAUUUACCCACACUGAUACCUAGCAUUUGACCGUGCUUUCCAAAUGACACCUUCUUUGUCCCUGUAAUGCACUGACUACAAGGAGGCUUACUACACAUUUAAGCUGUAUACUGACAUGCUAUUAAAUGCAUUUUUUAUUAUCUUUGUGAGCCUAGGGUUUUUUAAAAUCAGCUUAUAGAGGUAGAAUUUAGUUCUUGACAACCAUUUCUUCUGAAAUUUUAUAACUUCUAACUCCCUUUAAACUGCAGUUAGUAAGAGGAAAAGGCUUUCUUUGGGGUCCUUUGGUGAGAAAUACAAGAUUUAUUGAAGUCCAUUUUCUCAAAAGGACUUUGAGGUCAUGAGAUGAUUUUUUUUCCAUGUUGCUUAUUAAGAGCUGUCCCUUUUCUUCCAGGAGGUUUAAUAGAUUCAUGUUUCUCAGGGGAAAGAAGUCCUAGAUGUUUAAGUGUCCCACAUGAAUUCUAUCUAGUAAGACAGGGUGGCAGAUCUUCACUCUUCUGAAAAUGUCAGGCCCUGCAGUAGAGUGCUGGACGAGCUUCCUUUGUGUUUUACCAGCGCGCUCUUCCGAAGGCGUCCUCCGGCCAGAGCUCUCCUCUGCCCCCGUCAUGCUUGGCUGAGCUUCUGUGAACAUUUUGUCUUGUGUUACACUAAGUGGUGUCUAUGUUUACCUCACUAGAAAAUAGUGAUGGCUUUGAGGAUUGCGUCCCUAGCAUUUGGAACACAGUGUGUGUUUAAUUAAUAUCUAUUGGAUUGAGUGGAUUCAGUGAAGUAACAGAUCUUUCUUGAGCUACGCAGUGAAUCAGCAAGGACUGAAUUGUGACACUGUCUUUUGUGCAAGAUUCCUAGAAAAAGCAUAGAACUAGACCCUGUCUGCUUUCACCGGCAGAGGUUUUGUUGACUUCUCCAUCUGGGUUUAGCUAUGGACUUGGCUCUUGACUACUCCUGUACUUGCACUGGCCCGGGAAGCCUGGGUCUUGGUGGCGUCAUCAUAUUAGACAAGAUCCAAAUUUAUUCCCAACUAUUUCUCUAGCCCCAUCUGCUUUGUCCAGUUCUUUCAACAGACUUUUGUCUCAACUUCUGUUUGUAAUGGCAUCUUCCUUGAGGGCUAGAGAUCAACCCUUAACUCAAAACUCUUGUCUGAGUUCCUUUAAUGCUUUCUGAUGUCUGGACAUAUUUCCUCUACCCUAGUCUCCACCAGGAUCCUUAGUCUCACGCAGGCACAUCUGUCUUCUGGUCCUUGAGAUGUGUAAUACAUUUGCCUGCCAACCAGACCCCAGUGCUCUCCCUGCUCCGUACUGCCAUUUACUGAUAGAGACCAGUGGGUGUCCCCCACCUUCACUUACUACAGAUUCCCAAAGUCCUCAUUUUCUGUUGUUACCCUAUGUCAGCUCUCUAGCAGCUGGGCUCAGCCACUUAGAAAACAGAACCCAGGAAGAGAGGGGAAUUAAUGCAGUGAACAGGAUUGGCUCGAACAGGUAGGAGAAAUUGUCUUUCACCUAGGUCAAGGGCCAGCAAACUGUAUUUCCACGAGACAAGUGCAGCCCACUUUCUGUAGUUUUAUUGGGAGCAGCCACAUCCACCAUGUACAUACUGUCUGUGGCUGCUUUUAUGCUUCAGGGGAAGAGUGAUUCAGGAAUCCUGAAAUAUUUACCCUCAGCCAAGGUGAAGGCCACCUAAGGGCACUUAGCUAGAACCCUUGCACAGAUAGACACACACAUAUACAUACACACACACGUCAGUGGUCCAGGAACUUCAUUACUAGUUUUUCCUCAUCUGUAAAAUGGGGACAACAGCACUUUCUACCUCAUAGGGUUGUUGAAAGAAUGCAAAAAAAAAAAAAAAGGUAAUGAAAAAUGCAAAAAAUGGGGAGGAGGGGUUAGAUUUAGGGCAGUACCUGGUAAUGGUAAUGGUAUACACUCAGCUAUGUUUUUAUUCUUGUGUUAAAGCCUAGAGAGAAAGCCAUUGUCCAAGGUCACAUAGCUUGUAAGGGGCAGACACAGAACUAGCCUCUAGGCUCUCUGACCUCCAAGGCCUGUGCUCCAGACACCUCUCAUGUUAACUGCUGUUACCUACACACAACUCCAGGUGACAGCUGUGACAACAAGAUGAGGGCAGUGAGAUACCAGGUGUCGCCAGAACUGAUUAUUGGUUUGGAGAAAGAUCAAAGCAUUGACUCAGUUUCACUUCCCUCAUGGAAUCUUGACCAGUUUCAGCAUGUGAACAGAGCAUUCUGAGAUUUCCCAGAGUGGCACAAAUCUACAAAUACAUAGGGUCCAGUCCCCUGGCUUCUCACAAAGGGCAUGCCUCUUACUAGUUGGGUGACCUUGGACAAGUUAUUAAACCUCUCUGGAUGUCUGUUUUUCCUUAUCUGUAAAAUGGAGCUACCUAUCCAUCUCUCUGGGGAUGAUGGAAGGCUCAAGCAGGCAGAGGACUCUGUGGGAUACCGGGAUCCACGGACUUCUGGGAAGACUGGUGCUACCUUAUGAAGGCCACACAAGGGGACAGCUCACAGCUGCAAGCUUAUUUGGUUUUUCUUUCAAUCAGUGCUUCAGAAUUAAGACCUACAAGAUUUAUUGGAGCCAAAACAUGGUCAUUAGCCAAGAAUCUCCAGUGUCCACUGUAGGCCAUCUCUUUGCGAGUGUUCCAUUCUGCCAGACACUAGGAUGUCUCCAGCAAAUCUCUUCUCUGGAGUUUCACUCAGUGAGGCCAAGUGGAUGCAGCAACCUUAUCUUCAUUUCCAAGUGACAGCAGACCAAACAAGAUUGAACUGGAUCAGAGAUGAUGAGUUAUCCACCAAAGCUGUCUCAUGAGCUGGGAUUUAGAACUAAUUGGACACUACAGAUCAUUUAUUAUACCUCUUUAAUCAUGUUAAUUUGCAAAUGUGUAUUUUGGAUAAACUGGAUAUUUUGACAAUAAUGGCAGGUUAACAAGAACGGAGUGGUUGAACUCAGUGGAGUGGUACCUAACCAUGAUUUUAUGAAAGUGGGACCCUGUGGGAGAUGGCCAAGGUGUUAUUAGUAAGAAGCUGGCCAGUUCUUUCAGUGCUAGCAGCCAGAGGUGAACUUCUUAAGGGAAUUCAAGAGAAAACACAACAGCCACUGUACACUGAGCAUCUGCUAGCCCCAAGUUCUUUACGUAUAUUACCCUCACUUAAUAUUGACUUCUCCCAGCGUGAGACAGGUGUUUUUAUCUUCCCAGUUUUGCAGGUGGGUCAGCAGAGGCCCAGAGGUUAAGUGCCUUAUCCGAGGCCAUGCAGCUGGCAGUAGUGGCACUGGACUGCAAGGCAGAGCCUCGCUCAAUACCUGUUCUUCUCUCUUUCCUCUUGUUGGUUCCUGGCUCUUUUGGCUAAAGUGUGCCGGGAGCAUGGGGUAGAGAAAUCUGAGGGCUUUUCCGAGGCAGCUUGAUUGUAUUGGCAACUCUGUUUAUCAAUUAUCUGUAAUCAACUUUGAUUAAACCAGAGUUACUUCACCUGCAAAGGUGUUCUCCCCUCUACUUUGGGAAUGAAUUCAUUUAUGUGAAAAAUUACAAAUCGCAAAUCCAGUUCAGUUUUCGCCUUCAUAGUUUUAUGUGAAAGAAUAAACCUGUGUGAAUUGAA